AUGCGUGCCCUCACAGCCCUGGCCCUGGUGGCCGCUGCUGUACUACCAACAGCCAGCUGCAGCCGCCUGACCCCUCCAGUGCUCCCGUUGACCGUACGAAACCCGUACCUAAGCACCUGGUUGUCACAUGCCCGUGAUGAGCCAUGGGAGCACUGGCCGCAAUUUUGGACUGGCAGAUCCAUCGGCUUCUCCGUUAUGGCGAGCAUCCCUGAAGAACGGACCUCCUACCCGCUCCUCGGCAGGCCGCAGGACUCGUUACGCCCGGAUGAUGAAGCAUACCGCAUUGCGCACCCAGUCUACAAGGGCGCCCAGUAUGAUGCCUCGACUACGAAUCUGUCCUACCUGAUCCCUUCUCCCUCGUACGCAAACGAAAGUGUUGAGAUCACGCUGUCCUUCUUGUCCCCUAUUACCCCCGAUUCCACUGUCAGACAAGCAAUCCCUGCUUCAUACUUUACUGUUUCCGUCUCUGGACCCGUCGAUGUUGACAUCUAUACCGAUUUGAAUGGUCAAUGGGUUAGCGGAGACCGCGGAAAGAAGAUCGUCUGGGGACUCGAUCAUCACAGUUUGGGCGCAAAGCAUGGCAUCAAGAGCUUCCACGUCCGCCGUGAGCACGAGGAGGUCUUGCACGAAAUAUCGGACAUGGGGGAAUGGGGCACCCUCUACUUUACUGCUCCCGCAGAUGUCAGACACGAGGCUGGAGUUUCUGCCGAGCUCCGUCAGCGCUUCUCGCGCACCGGUACUUUGCAAAAUGAGGUGGACAAUCAUUUCCGUGGCAUUAUGGAGGAGGAGCCGGUCUUCGCCUUCGCAAAAUCGUUCAAGGCGAAUGCGACCAGCCAUGGAGAAUCGCAGCAAAUCACUUUCACAAUUGCCCACCUACGGGAUCCGGUGGCCAAGUUCGCGUCAGCCCGAGGCAUGACCUUGAUGCGACCAUUGUGGAAGUCCUACUUCCCCACCGAUGAAGAGGUCUUACAGUUUCACUAUCUCGACUUUGAGCACGCCAGCAAGCUCGCUUCGCUCUACUCGGACAGAUUGGCGAAGGAUGCUUACAAGUCUGGCUCUGAUGACUACCGCGACAUUGUUGCUGUCUCCGCACGCCAGGUGCUGGGCGCGACCGAAUUCGCCGGAACUCCAGACGACCCGAUACUCUUCCUCAAGGAGAUCUCAUCCAAUGGUGACUUCCAGACCAUCGAUGUCAUCUUCCCUGCUUUCCCGUUCUUCCUCUACACACAGCCCAAGUGGCUGGCCUACCUGCUCGAGCCUCUGAUUGAGCACAUGCUGAGCGGACAGUACCCGAACAGUUACGCGAUGCACGAUCUGGGGGUCUUCCCCAAUGCUGUCGGUCAUCCUGAUGGAAAUGACGAGUACAUGCCAGUCGAGGAGUGCGGCAACAUACUCAUCAUGGGCCUCGCCCUGGCCAACGCGAUCAAGGAUGAUACGCAUCUUGCUCCUGCGAAUUUCGAAGCUGUGUCUGUACCUCUUCAUCUCCAAGCCACGCCGAAAGAGGAUGGUAUAGUCGCCCUCAACGUCGGCGAUGCAGACGGUAUUCAGUUCAUUGAUGCUCCGUGGAGAGGCGAUAUUCUUGGCAAGAAGCAAGCACGAGACUGGAUUACUCGAAGCUAUAAGCUCUGGAAGCAGUGGACUGGGUAUCUCGUUGACUUCUCACUUCGUCCAGAAAACCAGCUUUCAACCGACGACUUUGCAGGCUGGCUUGAGCUACAGACCAAUCUGGCACUGAAAGGCAUCAUUGGAAUCAAGGCUAUGGCUGGACUUGCCGAGAUCAUCGAUGAGAAAGCUGAUUACAAGAAGUACACCAACAUCUCAAGCGUUUACGUCCGCAAGUGGGAGGAAUAUGGCACCUCUCGGGAUGGAACUCACAUGAAGCUGUCCUACAAUUGGUAUGGAUCAUGGACUAUUCUAUAUAACCUCUAUGCCGACAGCCUGCUGUGCUUCCAUCUUGGCGGCGAUUCCGACUUGUCCAUCGGCCAUGGUGGUGAGCAAAAGCCUUUGAAGCCUAUCAAAGGCGACCACGACGGCUUCGUGCCCAAGCACAUCUAUCAGAUGCAGUCCGACUGGUACUACAACGUACGACAGAAGUAUGGUGUACCCCUGGACUCCCGGCACCGCUACACCAAGACUGAUUGGGAGUUCUUCGCAAUGGCCGUCACUGCACCGAGGGUCCGUGCGGAGAUCUUGCAAUUGAAGGCUCUGUGGGUGAAUGAAACCACCAGUCAGGACCCAUUGACCGAUCUUCACUGGACACAUCAUGAUGGAGAUUCAUUCCAGCGGUUCAUGGCCAGGCCUGUUGUUGGUGGCCAUUUUGCCUUUCUUACCUUGGAACGGGCCUGUGAUGGAAAAGCAAUGAGUGGCCUUACGUAUUUGGACGAUAGCAUUGUUGAUGAUCAGAAGCAGCAGCAACAAGUUGAUGUUGAGCGCAUGGAGCUAUGA